GGGACCGAAAGCAAAGAGGGCGGCGAUUCCUGGGAUGAUUCGUGCCGCUGUGUUGAUCGUAGCUCUUGUUGUGGCUAGGAGCUGCAUUUCGGACGUAGAAGCACUGAAGUCGGACUCUGCGAUGCAAGUGAUCGCAGCGCCCGACAAGGGAGACGAACUUGAAGAACGCGCAUAUGUGGGGGAGCAGAAGGAAUUAAAAGUAAGAAUCCACACUCGGGAUCCAAACGCAACCAUCAACACGGACAUCUACAGCUUCGUCGAGCCAACCGAAUAUGUUAUUGGGUUGUUGUUGGAUCCUUGUCGGAAUCAUCCUGUCGACUGCUGCAUCGACCGUUUUGGGGAACCGGCGUACGUGGAUUCUUCUGCUACCAUUGCUGAAAAAGUAUCUCUUGUGGACGAGUCCGGGGCAACACUGGAUGUGUCAGUCAAUAGAAUUGGCGAUCGCCCUUCGAUCUUCGACCAGAAUUGCUACCUCGACGAUAAUCUAGUUCCAUACCGUCUUCAAAAGACAUUGACCCGCAGUGGACUGACGGUCACGAAGAACUACACUAACUCGGGAUGUAUCGGACGACUGCGUGCUUUGAUACCAAUGGAAGAAGUAGUGCGGCCCGCCUGCUGGGACUACAAUGAUUCGAUCAACGCUCUUGCGUCCUGCUACAGUGUGGAUGGCCGUAAACAGGAUACUUGCGUGGCUGUAGGAUUCAUGCAAACCAGCUACAUCGUCCAGUGUGGUGGGGCCUUCGAGCUCUCAAACCACUGCGGUACGUUUCUAGAGUUGCACGAACCGGGGAGCGAAAAAAUAUUAAGUCAGACGCGGCUGAUGAGGCAGUACCCGAACGGAUUUCGCACCACGACGUUGCCACUGCUCUUCCAAGAUGACCGGACGCGAACAAUUUGCAUGGGGGACUACGAGAUCUGGUGGGUCCAGCGUACACGGUACAAUUCCAUCGUUCAGAAGAAGAAAAAGUUUCGCGUCAUUUCACCACAAUGCGAUUUUGACUUUGCCACAAACAAAUACAAGAAUUAUCAUAAAGUUGCAUAA